UUUAGAUAACAGCACAGGCACACCACAGCUUUCUGGUCCUUCCUCUUAUGUUUAUUUAUUUGUUAUUAAAGGGAAGUAGAGCAGACGUAGGAAAAUGAGAAGAAAAUAAAGAAGGCGAAUUUGAUGUGAUUUGCGUACCGACCCUGAUCCUCCGCUGUCGUACAAUAUGCACCUCCUUUUCACUUUCUUUAUGGGUGCAAAGUGAGGCCCACUUUCAUGCUGAGAGAAAUCUAAGAAUCCACACAUUCCAAAGAUCAGCGGCAUUCCUACGUUUCUCUUCCCAAUUGCAUCUAUCCUCCCUCUCCCUCUCUCUCCUUUUAUACCCGUUUUCUUCUUGAAUUGGUUUGAUCCGUGCGCCCAUUCGAACCUUUCUCUUCUUAUUCCUCUGCGUAGCUAAUGUCUUGGAUAUUCUUAUUUUCAAUACUCUGUAUCUUACCUAUCGCAAGAUUGGUUCGGAUCAUUUUGAUGCGGGCAGCUUAAAUUUUGAAUAUUUUUAUCGGUUCUUUAUCAGGUUCGGGUUUGUUUGAGAACUUAUCCAGAUCCCGCAUGACCUACCUUUCCUUUGCCCUUAUUCUUCACUUGGGUGCCUCCAAUUUUAAAUUUUCGUGCUGAUUAUUGCUGACUUUUGGUUAUUAGGAGGAUUUAUUUCAGUUCGUUUGUUGAAAUUUGUUAACUGGGGGUCUGUGUUAGUUGGGGGAUUUGAGGUCUGUCAAUGGGCGCUUUGGAAGAGGGACACUUCGACGUGGAGCUUGAGAAUGAAGUGAAACUGGGUUGUACUGAGCUGGGAUUUGAAGCAGAGCCGGAGACUAUAGACAUUGAGGAUGCUGUGAAAGUUCUGUUGCGGGGUUUAGGAGAGGAUGUUAACAGGGAAGGUCUCAGGAAGACCCCUCUUCGCGUCGCCAAGGCCCUUAGAGAAGGAACCAGAGGUUAUCGACAAAAGGUGAACGAAAUUGUCCAAGGUGCUUUAUUCCCCGAAGCUGGUCUGGAUAGUGGAGUUGGUCAUGCUGGAGGUGUGGGUGGACUUGUGAUUGUUCGAGAUCUUGACCUCUUCUCAUACUGUGAGUCAUGCUUGCUUCCAUUUCAGGUGAAGUGCCAUGUGGGUUAUGUCCCUUCUGGUCAACGAGUGGUUGGCUUAAGUAAGCUUUCCCGAGUAGCUGAUGUAUUUGGAAAACGCCUCCAAGACCCACAGCGUCUGGCAAAUGAAAUUUGUUCAGCAUUGCACCAUGCCAUCAAACCAGCAGGUGUUGCUGUCAUUCUCCAAUGUUUUCACAUCAAUUUCCCUAACAUGGGAUCUGUCUUUCUUGAGUCCAAUCGCCAAGGAUGGGUAACGGUUCAGGUUUGUUCAGGUUCAGGGGUUUUUGAAAAUGAGUGUGCAGAAAUUUGGGGUGAUUUUUUGAGUCUUCUGAAAUAUCGAGGCAUAGAUAUGGAGAAAGAUCAUAGAAGAGAUUCACACGAUCAAUGUUGGUGCCCAUCACAAUCUUCCUCAGGUGAGAAACCUUCCUCUGACAAUGGACCGGCCAAUCCAGCCAUGGUUACUGCAGUAGCUUCAAUUCUCAGGUCUCUGGGCGAGGAUCCAUUGAGGAAAGAGCUUUUAGCAACUCCUUGUCGUUUUGUGAAGUGGCUAGUGAACUUCCAAAAUAGUAAUUUGGAGAUGAAGCAGAACGGCUUUGCUGGUGGUAGGAUGGAUCUUCGUACACCCCAUGGAGAAGUAACCCGGUAUAAAAAGCAGAUCCAUUCUGAGUUGAAUUUGUCGUUUUGGUCUCAGUGUGAGCAUCAUUUGCUUCCUUUUCAUGGUGUGGUGCAUAUUGGAUACCUCAGUACCGAAGGAUUCAAUCCCAUUGCAAAAUCCCGGUUACAGUCGAUAGUACAUUUUUAUGGCUUCAAACUCCAAGUACAGGAAAGACUCACCAGGCAGAUUGCAGAGAGCGUUUCAUCGCUGUUAGGUGGAGAUGUAAUGGUAGUUGUGGAGGCUAACCACACCUGUAUGAUAUCUAGAGGGAUUGAGAAGUUUGGAAGUAGUACGGCUACAAUUGCUGAAAUGGGCCUAUUUUCAACUGAUCCUGCUGCGAGGGCUAUAUUUUUACAGAGCAUUCCAAACACUUCUACACCUGUAGGACGAUGAUUCUUUAUGAAUCUAACUCCUCUAAUUAAUGCCUUUCUGAUCUCAGGUAUAGAUCCUGCCAUUCCUUUGCCUUUGUGGUGCAGGCAGGUUUGACAGGGAUAAGUAGUUGUGUUGAAUCUUCUCAAUGACUUGAAGACAAGUAUUGUCUUGCUCUCAAGUUUUGUGUCAGUGGUGCAGAGAAUUUGCACUUGAAUGGAAAUGCUAUGAUUAUAAGUAUCUUAGAAUAAAAAUUUUAGCUCAGCCGUACUCCGGAAGAGAAUUUUCAAA